AGUCGCAGGUCUUUUUGAUGGGAGGUGCUGAGCGCGGUAGGAGCACUGGAUCCAUGGCAACAAUCAUGGCAGAAGCUGAGACACGCCAGAAGCUGCUGCGCACCGUCAAGAAAGAGGUGAAGCAGAUUAUGGAGGAAGCAGUCACCAGGAAAUUUGUUCAUGAAGACAGCAGCCAUAUUGUUUCCUUUUGUGCUGCGGUGGAGGCGUGUGUUUUGCAUGGGCUAAAACGUAGAGCAGCUGGCUUUCUUCGAAGCAACAAGAUAGCUGCCUUGUUCAUGAAGGUGGGCAAGAGCUUUGCCCCAGCUGAGGAGCUCUGCAAGAAGGCCCAAGAGCUGGAUCAAGUCUUUGAGACUAAACGAAGCCAAAGCUUGCAAAGCCAAGAUAGCUUGCGCAAAAUGCCUCGUCUCCCCAGCCUCACUCCAAAGGCCAGCAAGAACCUCUGGAUCCGGACAGCUCUCUUCGAGAAGGUGCUGGACAAGAUCGUUCUCUACUUGGUAGAAAACAGCAGUAAAUAUUACGAGAAAGAAGCUGUUCUAAUGGACCCAGUAGAUGGACCCAUCCUUGCUUCUUUGUUGGUGGGACCUUGUGCGUUGGAGUACACGAAGAUGAAGACAGCUGAUCACUUCUGGACUGACCCCUCGGCUGACGAGUUAGUGCAAAGGCAUCGCAUACACAGCGGUCACUGUAGGCAGGACUCUCCCACCAAAAGACCUGCAUUGUGUAUCCAGAAGCGUCACUCUAGCAGCAGCAUGGAUGAGCGCCCCUCACCUUCGCCAUCAGCACGGGACUACGUAGAGUCACUGCAUCAAAACAACAGGGCCACGCUGCUGUUUGGCAAAAACAACGUGCUCGUUCAGCCGAGGGACGACAUGGAGGCUAUCCCAGGUUACCUUUCUCUGCAUCAGACGGCUGAACUCAUGACACUGAAGUGGACGCCCAACCAGCUCAUGAACGGCUCUGUCGGGGACCUGGAUUACGAACGGAGUGUGUACUGGGACUAUGCCAUGACCAUCCCUCUGGAAGAGAUAGUGUACUUGCAUUGCCAUCAACAAGUCGAUAGUGGGGGCACAGUGGUGCUGGUCAGUCAGGAUGGCAUCCAGAGGCCUCCCCUUCGCUUCCCUAAAGGAGGCCACCUGCUCCAGUUCCUGUCCUGUCUGGAGAAUGGUUUGCUUCCUCACGGCCAGCUGGAUCCUCCGCUGUGGUCUCAGAGGGGAAAGGGCAAAGUGUUUCCUAAGUUGCGCAAGAGGCUUCCUCAGGGAUCUGGAUCUACAGACUCUGUCUCCGAUAAAGAAGAGGACGAGGCCACGGACUAUGUCUUCCGCAUCCUCUUUCCAAAUAGCCUGUCAGAAUUUGUGACUCCACCAGACUUGAUGGAUCAAGGCUCUGCAAUGUGGCAUCCCACUCUCAGAAAGUCAUCAUGCUCGUCUUGCUCCCAGGGCAGCUUUUCCGACGGCUCCACGCCCAAAGGGUGCAACUACGAGAGGGCUCCUCUGAAGCUGCUGUGUGACAACAUGAAGUAUCAGAUCAUCUCGCGGGCAUUUUACGGCUGGUUGGCGUACUGCCGUCACCUGUCGACUGUGCGCACUCACCUCUCGGCUCUCGUCAAUCACACUAUUGUGUCGCCCAAUGUGCCGUGUGAUGCCCACAAAGGACUCACCGCAGAUGUGUGGCAGAUGUUUCUCCAGGACUGCACAACCUACAAGGAGCAGGAGCUGCUUCGUUUGGUCUAUUUCGGAGGUGUCGACCCCUCACUGCGUAAGGAGGUGUGGCCAUUCUUAUUGGGGCAUUACCAGUUUGGAAUGUCUGAAGCAGAAAGGAAAGAGGUGGAUGAGCAGGUGCGAGUAUGUUACCAGGCGACCAUGCGUGAAUGGCUGAGCUGUGAGGAGAUCGUUCGCCAGCGGGAGAAGGAGCAGCACGCUGCAGCUUUAGCAAAGUGCUCCUCAGGGGCGAGCAUAGACAGUACCAGUUCAAAGAUGGUCCAUCAUUACUCAACUGUCAGCAAUGAGUCCCGGUCGUCCCAGAGUUCAGACAGGCAGAGUCUGGCUCGUCUGCAGAGUGACUCCAGCACCAGCACACAGUUCUUCACAUCCUCCCAUCCCUUCCCCUGGAGUAGUCUGCUUCCCUUUGGCUUGUUCUUGCAGGUAUUUGAAUCAGUAGAAGAGGUGGAGCAAAUUGAGACAGAACCCAAGAGUGAGGAGGCCAAACAGGUGCCAAAGGUUCCCAAUGGGGCAGUCCAGAACGGGACGACUUCACCCGACUCUGGACACCCCUCUUCCCGCAACUUCUCAGUCACCUCCGGCGUGUCUGAUGGCUCACUCAGCACAGAGGACAACAUAGCGCCCGAAGCCUCUUCGAGACCCUCAGACAAAGCUCCUCAGGCGGAGCAAGGUGAGAAACCUGAUGGGACCAAGUCUCAGGUUUUGGAAGUACUGGAAGAGCCCAACAAGUCAGAGGAUCCCAGAGCAGAUGAAACCCAGUGUGAAGGUGGUGCCUUGUCAGGAAAAGAAAUGCCUGAUAAGGAAAGGAUGGUAGUAGUGUCUACAGAAUCCCAAGAACAAAGACUGAAAAAGGAAGAUGUAAAGAAAACAACAGAAGAGCGUCCGACUGAACAGUUCAAACCCGAAGACAAAUCUUACCUCGGUGUGACAUCACCUAAAGAGUUUAAAGGAGAAGAUGGCAUCAAAGAUCCCGGAGCUGAGGAGACUGAUAAGAAACUGUCUUUAUCAGCAGACAGUAGGGUGUUGAGGGCAAGAGAAGCCUACUGUGCCUCUCAGAAGGCAGAAGCUGAGGCCCUGACUGAAUCAGAUGACUCUCCCUCAGCUAUAGAGAUGGAAGAGAUUCCUAAAGCCAAUGUUUCCAUGGUGCCCUGGAACAAGAAGGCUCGCUGUGAACCUUUGUCUUCCUCUGAGGACUUUGCCUCCUACACAGAUCCGAGACCAGAGCGGGGACAGGAAAAGCCAAGUCCAGAAGACACAGAGUCCAUUCUGUCAGAGGAGCCAGAAAUGGAGAGCCUCUACCCUCACUUUGAGUCCCUCGAUGCAUGUACAGACGUCACAGAAGCCAACUCACAACUGUCUGCUGGAGGGGGUUUCUCUCAAGAGCUUUUAGACUUGUAUACGCUGAAUCUGCACCGCAUUGAAAAAGACGUGCAGCGCUGUGACCGUAACUACUGGUACUUUACGCCUGCAAACCUGGAGAAGUUACGCAACAUCAUGUGCAGCUACAUCUGGAGGCACCUUGACAUCGGAUACGUCCAAGGCAUGUGUGACCUGUUGGCUCCACUUCUGGUCAUUUUGGAUGAUGAGGCACUAGCCUUCAGCUGUUUCACAGAGUUAAUGAAGAGGAUGAAUCAGAACUUUCCACACGGAGGAGCGAUGGAUACUCACUUUGCCAACAUGCGCUCCCUGAUCCAGAUCCUGGAUUCUGAGCUAUUUGAGCUGAUGCACCAGAAUGGAGACUACACCCACUUCUACUUUUGCUACCGUUGGUUUCUGUUGGACUUCAAGCGAGAGCUGGUGUACGAUGAUGUGUUUGCAGUGUGGGAAACCAUCUGGGCAGCCAAGUUUGCCUCAUCUAGUCACUUCGUCCUCUUCAUUGCUUUGGCGCUGGUGGAGAUCUACAGGGACAUCAUCCUGGAAAACAACAUGGACUUUACAGAAAUUAUUAAAUUCUUCAACGAAAUGGCCGAGCACCACAACAUCAAGCAGAUUUUGACCCUGGCGAGAGAUCUGGUGUACAAGGUGCAGAUGCUGAUAGAGAACAAGUGAUGGCGGUGAGGGGGGGCAGGGAUUAUUAUGUCUUCUAUUUCCUUCCAAGUCAAGCGUAAUCAUCUGUAGCAGCACACACACACACACACACACACACACACAUACAGUAGUACACGAUGCCUUUACAAUCAUUGUUUGCAGCCUUGUUGACUGUACCCUCCGUGUUUGUAUGAGAAUAUGAAGCUUUAUACAGUACUGUAAUUGUCAGUAUCUGCAAAUACAUUUUGUGUUUUACAGGAAAAAAAACACACCUGAAUCCUACUGUAAGGUCAGGCUGUAGUUGCACAUUUCAAAUCUAAAAUGAAGAUGAGAUACAUUUGAAGUAUAUUUAUGAAGAAAAUUGUUCAUUGUCGUUUUAAUAGCCAAGGUUUACAAAAUAUUUUAGUAAUACAAACGUCACCCUCCUCCUCUGCUCAUGUAAAGGAAUGAAUGGAUGCUAGUUUUACACACACACACACACACAGUUACGGUAAAGCCUAAUUAGAACUGAGUACAAUGUCAGCCAUUUUAUAUUGACAGUGUUUUCAAUGUCUUUGAGCUGCCUUCCUGCCAAAUUGUGUGUCCUUGUUAUGUGUGUGUGCGUGUGUGUUUUCUCCACGGUGCCGUUUAAUCACAACAACGUACUUAUUUUUUGUCAGUGUUUUGUUGCUAAUUUAUGUUAUAAAAAAAUAGGAGAAAAAGAAUGAUGGUUUUACGUGACCAAAAAUCUAAAGAAAACAUAUAUUAAAAUGCUUGCUUGUGAUAUAUUUUGAAUAUUGAUUGCAAAAUUAUGAUAAAGAAAAGCUGUUGUAAUGUUUUGGCCGAUUUAAACUUUGAUGAUGACAAAUAAAUAGUAUUUGUGCUUUUAAUAACCAUUCAUUCAAAACUAUGUUAGCAACGUUCAAGCUGUUUUAUGAAUGUGGUCAAAUGAAUUGCAGUAAUAUAGAUGUUUAUUUGUGAAUAUUAACUGAUGUCACAAAUCCUACUUUAAUUUAUUGUAAUCUUUACUUGCCAAUCUUUUUUGUAUUACUUAUGUUUUCAUCCUGAUGUUGCUUUUUUUUUAUUUGGUCAGAUUUGUAUUUUUAUUUUGUGCCAAGUUCUUAAUGUGUAUUUAAAAAACAAACUAUAUUCUGAGAGCUCAUAUACAA